CUGGCACCUGGGUAAUCGAGGAAACUCAACAGAAAUCGCUCUGUAGCUAAUGGUAACUAGCCGGCUAAUCUCUGGGGCAAUCGUAGUUGUGGUUGUUUUCUCGUCCGUUCCAGUGCUCAUGUCUGGGUCUUUCUGUCUUCUGUAUCGCGGUGGUUUUCCAUUUCUCCGUCGGGGUUAAAGCCGAGGCGGACACCGGUGGGGCAAGUUUGAAGACGCUGGAUGUUUGGGGUGCUGUUGCUUUCUCUCAGUAUGCUAGCACACAAGCAAGCUAGCUAGCCAACCUGCUAAAGUAGCCAAAAAGCAGAAAGUGUCCGGAUGCUUUGAACAGCAACGCGGCGGAUUUCGGGGAGCGUCUAGUCGGCCUUUGCAUGAUGUCAAGUAACCGGUCACAGCAGAGCGCCGGCGGGGCGAGUUCGGUGCCCAGCACAAGUAGCAGCAGCAGCAGCGGCGGCGGCGGUGGGGCAGGAGGCACCGGGAACACAAACCCCGGUGGUGGUGGUGGUGGCAGCAACGCCGUCACCACUAACGGUAGCAAUUCUGGAAAUGUUGUGCCCUCCCGGAUCUUGGCAGCAAGUAGUGACAGCGGCUUGUCGGUGCCAAGUCUGGCCGCUGUACCGUCGUCCCGGGGCGGGUUUCCCUCCCUGAGCAGACCCUCUGCGUCCUCAGGCAGCAGGAAGAGGUCCCUCCACCAGGCUCCUCUGUACAACGGCCUCUUGAACUCAUAUGAAGAUAAAAGCAACGAUUUUGUCUGUCCCAUUUGUUUCGAAAUGAUAGAAGAGGCACACAUGACAAAGUGUGGGCACAGUUUUUGUUUCAAGUGUAUCCGUCAGAGUCUGGAGGACAGCAACAGAUGUCCCAAAUGUAACUAUAUCGUCGAUAAUGUGGAUCAGCUAUACCCAAAUUUUCUUGUAAAUGAACUGAUCCUUAAACAGAAACAAAGGUCAGAGGAAAAGAGACUAAAACUAGAUCACCCUAACGGGUCCAGGUGGCAGGUCUUCCAGGAUGUGCUGAGUCCUGACCAGGAGAACCUGGACCUGGCAAAUGUCAAUCUGAUGCUGGAACUCCUGGUUCAGAAGAAAAAGCAGCUAGAGGCGGAAUCCCAAGCAGCUCAGAGACAGAUCCUCAUGGAGUUCCUUAAAGAAGCGAGGAGAAACAAGAGAGAGCAACUGGAGCAACUGCAGAAAGAGCUCAACUUUCUGGAAGAGGACAUAAAGCGUGUGGAGGAAAUGAGCGGGUUGUACUCUCCGAUGAUGGAGGCGGAGUGUACGGUGCCUAACGUGGAGGCUCCCUCACCAGCGCCCAGCUGUAGUAGUAUUAUCGAGCCUCCAGACUACAGCCAGCCCCCAGGGUUUGGUGGGACGUCCCAGGGAAAAAGGCAAACCUGGUACAACAGCACGUUGGCAUCGAGGAGGAAGAGGCUGACGGCACAUUUCGAAGAUCUGGAGCAGUGCUACUUCUCAAAUAAAAUGUCACGCAUCACAGACGAAGGCAGGAACCUGAACCAGCUGGACGACUUCAUGGAAUGUCUGUCCAAGUUCACCCGCUACAACUCUGUGCGACCCCUGGCCACCCUGUCCUACGCCAGCGACCUCUAUAACGGCUCCAGCAUCGUCUCCAGUAUCGAGUUUGACCGUGACUGUGACUACUUCGCCAUCGCCGGUGUGACCAAGAAGAUAAAGGUGUUUGAGUACGGCACUGUGAUCCAGGAUGCAGUGGACAUCCACUAUCCCGUCAACGAAAUGACCUGCAAUUCUAAAAUCAGCUGUAUCAGCUGGAGCAGUUAUCACAAGAACCUUCUGGCCAGCAGUGACUACGAAGGUACCGUCAUCCUGUGGGAUGGAUUCACCGGCCAGAGGUCCAAAGUCUACCAGGAACAUGAAAAAAGGUGUUGGAGUGUUGACUUCAAUCUGAUGGACCCCAAGCUGUUAGCCUCUGGUUCAGACGAUGCUAAAGUCAAGUUAUGGUCAACUAAUCUGGACAACUCUGUGGCCAGUAUCGAGGCCAAGGCCAACGUCUGCUGUGUGAAGUUCAGUCCAACCUCCAGGUAUCAUCUGGCCUUUGGCUGUGCAGACCACUGUGUUCACUACUACGACCUACGCAACACUAAGCAGCCCAUCAUGGUGUUCAAAGGCCACAGGAAGGCUGUGUCCUACGCCAAGUUUGUCAAUGGAGAGGAAAUCGUGUCAGCAUCGACAGACAGUCAGCUGAAACUGUGGAACGUCAACAAAACCCACUGCCUUCGCUCCUUUAAGGGUCACAUCAAUGAGAAGAACUUUGUAGGUCUGGCUUCCAACGGAGACUAUGUUGCUUGUGGCAGUGAGAACAACUCCCUCUACUUAUACUACAAAGGACUUUCAAAGACACUGUUAACGUUCAAGUUUGACACAGUGAAGAGCGUUCUGGACAAGGACAAAAAGGAAGACGACACCAACGUUGUCAGCGCUGUCUGCUGGAGGGCGCUGCCAGAUGGAUGUGAGUUCAUUUUGCAUUUUAAUGAGUCCAACGUACUGAUUGCUGCAAACAGUCAAGGAACAAUCAAGGUUCUCGAGCUCGUCUGAAGGCCCGUCGUAUCCUGGGUGUGUUCUGAACGACCUGCAGCCUCUGGUCGUUUUUGGUAGAGGACGGUUCUGACGCAGGGAGAACCCAGGAACCUGCUGAGCUUCGAUGCAAAAGGAAAACUGGCAGAGCUGAAAAGGAUUUAUAUUUAACAGGCUCCGAAAUCCAGACCGCAAAGACUUUCGGACAGCGGAUUAGAAGAGGAUGUGCCGUCAUCCGACGGCAAAACAGAAUAAAAAAUGAAAAAUCCAGGACCUAGCUCGGGCACAAAAUGGAACAAGAGACUUUUGAAAGCAUUUUUGUUUCUUAGAAGUAAAGGUUAUAUCAGCUACAGUAGAACACCUCUGUAUGGUUUUAGGUCAAAUCAAAAUGUGUACCUUUUUUAAUUCAGCCGUUGAUCUUAAGGGUACAUCAGCCAAACGCUACCAGUGUGAUGCAUUUGUCCCUUUUAACGGCCAAAGCACAAGACAAAAUGACAAAUGCAAAAAUUUAUGUCUUCACGUGAAGCUUUUAAACCCCAUCUUUGUCUGUCCACUCUAUCCCCCCUCCCCUUUUAUGUGUAACUUUUGUGUGUGUUCCUUUUUCAGACUGGGAGAAACAGUUUUAAUAAUAUGACUUGAAUUCAUUCUGUCGGGUAUGUAUUUUCAGUUCACUGUCUGGAGUAAGUGUUGUAGAAAAUGAAUUUGUGUGAAACCAACGAAACUAUGGAGAUCUGAUAAAGUCCCGGUUUUCAGCUGAUAUUGUUACUGUGGGGAAAAAAACAGAGAGACACGUUUGGCUGUGAUCACACAGCAUUGACUUGGAUCUUUCAUAACUUUUCUGUCGCUUG